AUGGCAACAACUACCUCUGCGAUCCCCUCGCCGACAUGGCCCUCCAACUACUCUCCGACGCAGUUCACUCCCGCAGCUACCUGUGGCUUUGGCCAGGACCUCUGGCUCGCCACUCUCGACUGUGCAAUCCUCAAUCGUCAAACCUAUGCCUCGACUGCGAGUGCGCCACCCGCAGUUGUAACUGGCAGAUUACCCGGCUUCACCUGUGGUCCCGUGGUCAACGCCGGUCGCCCGCUCGUUCACUUCACCCGCUCUGAUGAUAAUAGCAUCGCCAUCACCACCACCACCCGCGGCUACGAGGACGAGUGCUACCAGAACAAGUACGGUCCCUCAGGCGCCGUGACCAAAGCCACCGGCAGCCAGACCAUCACCCACUACUUUGCCAGCUGUCCCGUGGGAUACAGCGAGGCCAGCCACGACUCCACCGCUAUAAACAACGUCGACCUGCAUUAUCUCGAAUGCUGCCCUUCUGGCAGUCUCAGUUUUGGGCUGUUCAGCACCAGGACGGAAGACAUCCUCUUCGAAACCACUAUCUCUGGGACGCCGUAUGGGGGUUGGACCAUCAACAUGCCCGCCUGCACGGCCAAGCUCACCGCGGGCGAGGUUGUCACUGUGACGGACGCUCUUACUGGCGGGACUGAGAUGACGACGAGAACGACAAGCCUCGAGUCUGGGGCCACCAUCUUUGCCGAGAUUCAAACUGCUUCGUACACUGUUUUUGCCGGGCAGCAUACUUGCUUUGAGGGUUGCAAUCAGCUGUAUGAGAGUGUCAGUGACUGGCUGUCGCAGUAUACGCCUACGGGUACGGAGACGAGUACCUCUCCUAGCCCUUCUGGGACGCAACCUCCGGGUGAGGAUGAUGAGGCUGGGGAUGGUGGCGAGGAUGAGGAUGAGGAUGGGGAUGUGGAUCAGCCUUCCGGGGCUGGCCAGACUGCUGGCUUCAAGGUUGGCGUCCUGGGUGCGGCGCUUGCUUUGGCGGUGGGGGUUGUUGCUGGUCUGUAA